AGAAAAUUGGACCAAUUUAUUUGUUGCUUUCCCACCCCUGCAAUGCAUAACUUUUAACUCCACCGGAACCUCGUUAAUUCCUCCACACUUGUUCCCUUGUGCCGUUCAACCCCCGAUGCUAACUCGAAACCUUGGCCAAUUCCGGAAAUUUCUUUAUAAAACCCCAUACUUUAAAUAAAACCACCCUACAAUUUCCACCCACUUUCGGACAUUCGGAUGGGUGUCUAUAAAUCCCUGCCUGGACGCAGUAAAAUCCUCACUCAAAGAGCUUAACUCCCCAACAGAAACCCCUAAAACCUUGCCUCAGUUCGAAAGCCACAAUCUUUUGGGUUCUAUCAGUCGAACUCUGCAGCAAUGGCUGCAUCUCUAUCAGCAUCCCCAUCGCCAUUGACGUCAAUUUUGUCUCUCAGAAAAGCCCACUUCGUAUUUUCACCAAAAAUUGGCCGCCCAAUCAUUACCCGGAUCAAACAACCCCCUUUCAGCCCCAAUGCAGACUUUAAGUUUCAAACUUUGCCCAAAUCAAAUCCCUUUUUUGCGAUUUCACCCCUCGCUCGCGCUGCAACGGGAGUUUCCUCACGUGGGUUUCCUGAAACAGACGAGGAAGAUGAACUUUUGCCGUUGUUUGAGGAGCGGCCGGUCAAAUUUGCCUUCUGGGUUUUGAUCUGGGCAUCUGUGUCGCUUGCCUGGUUCGCGGCUUCCGGGGAUGCAAAUGCUGCUGCUGCGGCGGCGGCUGAUUCCAUUAGAGCCUCCAACUUUGGCUUGAAGAUUGCGACGGUGCUUCGAAGCUCCGGCUGGCCUGAUGAGGCUGUGGUGUUUGCUCUUGCCACACUUCCGGUCAUUGAGCUUCGUGGGGCUAUUCCUGUUGGUUACUGGUUGCAACUUAAGCCUGUUCUGCUAACAGUUCUAUCCGUUCUUGGGAACAUGGUUCCUGUGCCCUUCAUCAUACUUUACUUGAAGAGGUUUGCAUCGUUCCUUGCUGGAAAGAACAAGGCCGCAGCUCAGUUCCUUAACUUGCUAUUUGUGAGGGCUAAAGAGAAGGCUGGCCCCGUAGAGGAGUUCCAGUGGCUUGGUCUGAUGCUUUUUGUGGCUGUGCCUUUCCCCGGAACAGGAGCAUGGACAGGGGCCAUCAUAGCUUCAAUUCUCGACAUGCCAUUCUGGUCAGCAUUGUCUGCAAAUUUCUUUGGUGUUGUACUGGCCGGGCUUCUGGUAAACUUGCUGGUGAACCUUGGCCUCAAAUACGCAAUUGUUUCUGGGUCGGAGAAUAAGGUGGAGCGCGGAGGGACUGAACCGGCGACGGUGGAGGAGCUUCGACAUCGUCAACAACGACCUUGGUCUCCUCUUUGCGAUGCGAGUCCUGGGCAUCGCUGGCGACGGUCUCGUCGUGGGACUAGCAGGGAGGAAGGCGUCGAGAAUAAGCUGGGUUUGGGUUAGCCAUAGUUGGGUUGCUGGUUUUGUGGUGGAGGAGGAUGAGGCUACAGGAGAGAGGGAGGGUAGAAGCAAGGUUUAAAAUAUCGAUGAUAUCGGAAAU